AUGUGUGCUCGACUUUUUACCCGUCGACUCCGCGCUGCGGCUACUGCAGUUCGUCCACCAGCCAGAAAGAUUUCCAAUCAUAACUUCGAAGUCAACCCGAUUGUUCCCGUCUUUUGGCGAGAGAAGGAAGUCAUCAACUCGGAAAAAUACAUCAUUGACACAACAAAUGAAAAUAUGGCAGAUGGACCAAAAGGAAAUCCUCAGCUUGCCCGAAAAAUGAGAAAAGUCUUUGACGAAGUCGGACUAGUUCUCCUCCGCGGAAACCGCGAAAUGGGCGACAAUUUGGAAGCCAUGAAACUUUGGGCCGAAUUCAUCUUUCCCUCCCUCUCGAAGUACGAAGCCGGGGCCAAUGCUAGAAAAGGAAUAAUCCCCAAUGUUUACGAAAUCGGCGCGCCAAAAGAAGCUUGGCUUCACUUCCAUCACGAAAUGGCCUACGUAAACGAAUCUGUCAACGGUAUUGCUUUCUGCUGCCGGGAAGCCAUAGAAGACCCUGAAGAUCCUCUUCGUGGAGCUACUUUUGUUUCGGAAAAUUUCGGCGCUACGGAUGAUAUCCUAGCAACAGAAUUCGGCCAGAAGCUCAAAAACAAAGGAAUCUGCUACAUCCGAUGUCUCACGAAUAAAGAGCGCUACUCAAAUAUGGAUGGUGUCUACAAUCACUGGCAAUACUCCUUCAUGACCGACUGCCCAAAAGAAGCAGAAAGAAGAGCAAAAGCAAAGGGUCUGGAAGUCUCCUGGGGCGAAAAUGGAUACAUGAAGACAAAAUGCUACAUUUCCGGCUUCGAAUACCACCCUCAGUCGAAUCGAAAUCUCCUCUACUCCGCAAUCGCCGACCAUAGCGCCUGGUUCGAUCAGUGGCCAACAGUAAUGGAGAAACCGUACAUGAAGACUUUUGAAGGAGCGACUGAGGAGGAACGACCACUGGCAAUUACUUUUGGCGAUGACAGUGAAAUGACAAGAGAAGAGCUCCAAACCUUCGUCGACGUCUACGAAAACCACGGCAUCCCACUCGCCUGGCAAAAAGGAGACAUCGCCGCCAUCUGCAACUACCGAUUUGCCCACGGCCGCCUCCCAUUCAGUCUCGCCGAGGGCGAGCAGCGUGAACUCGGAGUCAUCCUCGGCCAAAUGUACAAGCGCUUGGGCCAGAAAGACGAUGCAUGGUGA